AUGCGGAUGAAAGGGUUGGCCUGCCCGUGCCCUGCCCUACCCAACUUCUUGGAGCUGGGGGCCUGCUUGAUGGCUGAGGGUUCCCGGACUCAGGCGUCAGGUCAAGGGCCUCCUAUCAACAUCCAGUUCCUUCGCGCCCAGUAUGAAGGUCUGAGGAGACAGCAGAGGACCCAGGCCCACCUGAUGGUGUUUCCUAAAGAAGGGGCCAUGCUUACUCCAGCUGAAUCGAUGACCAGUGCUGUUUGGAUUAACAAGGGGAGAAAGAGCUCACUGUCCCCAGAUGAGACUGACUCUGAGGUUGAGGGGACGUUGGAGGAAGUGGACAGAAGCUGCCAUCAGGCUCCUGAGACUCCAUGGCACACAUACCUAGAGAUGCACCGCUUGGUUCAAACCCUCCAUCUGGAAGCCAGCCACCAAGGGAACCGCAAGGGCUCGCUUGCAGAGUCAGAACCCAGGCUCUCUCCAGAAGGAGACACUAACGUGUUGGAAAACAAUCACAAGACUCAGCAAGAAACCAAAAUCCCAGAGGUGGCCCAGGGUCAAGGUCAGGAGGACAGUAUCCCACUACAGGCAGCGGGCUCCAGUUUACAAGCCAGCAUCCAGCAUCUUCCUUCCACAAAGAACCGACACAGGUCUGGAAAACCAGCUCACUAUCCAUUUCCCCAGAGGAAACAUCCCAGGAUCUCCCAAGCUGCCCGGAACCUGGGCUUAUAUGGCCCACCCUGAAGCUUUCCGCUCAGCCAGAUGUCUCAUCCUUGUGACCAUCCAUCAACUCAAUCAGGGAAGGGACACAGAGCCGCAACCAGACAGAGCCUUGAACAAUGAGCAACAGUUGGACUGCCCCGAUUGUAGGAAUCAUGGGAAAUGAACUUCUUAAUGGGAAAUGGUCUUUUCCUUCAAAAUCCAGGAGAAUACCCAUCAGACUACUGACCGUUAAGAUGAACAUCUCUUUUCCACGCAGCUCGGUUUUAGCUGUCUAGGGGGACAUUGCCAACAACAGUCCUAGAUGCUUUUCCGUGGCUGGGACCAGUAAAACAUUUGGUGGUCCCAGAAGUAAAACAGGAACCUUAGCCAGAGGGAUAUUUUCACAAUGUCUGGAAUAUUGUGGUUAUAGGAGCUCUUUUUUUUCCCCAAUAUUUUCUGAUUCUUUGUAUAUUCUGGAAAGGUCUCUGAGAAUUUAGAACAUUUUUUCUAGUUGCUCUGUCUGGGGAUUUAGACGAUUCAGUUAUUAGUAGUGAUCACAUCAUUUCAUCUUAAGCCUCCAAGACUGUGGUCGUCCCUGGUGAAGAGGAUCAGAUCCGUUCCACCUACCAUCUUGUGUGCUCAAGGAGUCCUUGGGAAGGAAUGCUUUUUCUCAGCUGUCACAGAGAUGGUACAUCCCUGCUUCACUACAAAUCUGUUUCCUGUCAGACUUCCCUUCUAUCUUUUUUUUCCAUUCUUCCUACCCUUGUGUUCUCUUCUGUCAAUUGACUUCAUAUUAAAAUCCACCAACCACUAGCCAGGUGUGGUGGCAAAUGCGUGUAAUCCCAGCAAUCGGGAGGAGGAGGCAAGACCGUCAAGAGUUCAUGCCUGUGUUAUAUGAGAUCCUCCAACCAAACAACAAACACACAAAAUGGCUGCCAUUGUUGAAAACACAGUCAUCAGAGCUGAAGGGAGGGGGAAGGGACCCUCCUGCUUGGAAAACAGGUGUCUCCACAAACUACCUCCUUUACAGCCUGCUGAUCACUCAGGUCCCUCCUGAAAGGCCUAGCAUGCUUUGGAGUAAGACGUCUAUUAGAAGAGCUAUUAGCGUGAACACCAUGGACAGACAGACAGACAGACAGACAGACAGUAACAGGGCUCUGAAGGGAGUGCAGGUUCACAAGCCAGGGCUGAUAUCCUGCAGGUCUCAGAGGAAGGGGCAGGUUUUACAUGGUCAGUCUUUCUCUGAGAUUUGUGGGUUGCAGGGUGGGGGCGGGUAUUCUGGAGUAGGAAUGUGGGACUCUGAGGCUUUGGGGGGUUGGGAAGGAAGGGACACAUCUAGUUGAGAUGUACCCGUUAUACAGAUGUGGGAUGUCACCAUGGGUAGCCGUCUGGUAUUCCAGUCGGAUGGGUGGAUGUGCCACCACAGGUAGUCCUCUGGUGCCCCAGAAACUGAUGACCUAGUCAGUUGUUGAAGUGAGAAUGGCACCUGUCAUUCUCCUGAAAUGUAGGCAUCUGGGGAGUUUGUCUACAGACUCAUGGGCUCUGGGAGGGGCGUCGGUCUCCCUGCAGCAACAGGAAUCCCAGAAUCAACUGUGGAGACAAAGGGGGCUGUAGAUGAGCAUACCCUGGGCAGUGUUUGGUCUGAGAAUUUGUGUUUCUUUCCUGGAGUCUCAUACAGAUUCACGAUCCAGCUCAGCUUGAAAGCGGCUUGUCAGUGGGUGUGAGACUAGAGAAAGGAGAGGCUGCUGUGAGCAGGUGUGGCCUGAUUAGCCCCAACCCAGAGUCCUGCUCCCCAGUAUCCAAUAUGCGUUUUUAAACAAAGCGAAGCCUGCGUCCUGGAGUGUGUGUGAGGGUGGGAUCCCUCUUUCCUGGUCGAGGUUUAGGGUUGGCACCUACAGCAACUCCUCCCAUACCAGAUUCUCUCUCCAUCCACAUGCUCCCAGGCCCCCUGAAAUCCACUGCAUUUUAGGGAGUCACUGUUCUUCCUUUGGUGAACAAUAAAUAAGAUAUGGUUGCGUUUUUAAUACUCAAAUAAAA